CGGCAAACGGCAAACGGCAAACGGCAAACGGCAAACGACAAACAGCAAACGGAACUUCAAAACCAUUCAGCUUCAAAUGCUAGUCUACAUCUUAUCGGUAUCGCGAACAUACACUUAUUCGUUAUCAUAGCCCAAUAAAAAUGGGUGCGCAAGACGAAGCCUACGCCUCGACUAGCGCGCGUCCUCUAUCACGUAAACGCAGGGUCCCCGUUUCUCUGCAAUACGAUGAAGAAGGUGAACAAGCCGAUGAUUUCAGCCAAGAAGAGCAGAAACCGAAGAAGUCGAGGAAGGAUGUUGAAGUGGCAGAAAAACGCCUGAGAAGAUUUCGUUCCAAACCACCCCAGGAUUUCUUCAAAAUAUACUAUCGAGCGACAUCGCAAAGGUUCUACGUACUUGGGAGAACUCGUGAGGGCAUAGCUCAUUGUCCGGAGGAGUCCGUCGAGCUGACCGGCUCUACCGGCAACAUAUACGUCGUUCACAUUGCGCACCUGCCUACUUGUACAUGCCCCCACUCCCAGAAGGGCCACCAGUGCAAGCAUGUAAUAUACGUCCUAUCGAGAGUUCUCCGUGCGCGUUUCGAUCUCGUCUAUCAGCUCGCUCUGCUCACCACUGAGCUGCAGGAGAUCUUCGAGAAUGCUCCUCCCAUAGAAACUGACGACCAGUCCGAUGGGAAAGUACAUGACAAGAAUCGCAAGCCCCUGGAAGGCGACUGUCCAAUUUGCUUUAGCCCUUUCGAAGCUGAUGAGGAUACCGUCUAUUGCAAAGCCACAUGUGGCAACAAUAUCCACAAAGAAUGUUUCGAGAUGUGGGCCGCCACUAAACGCAAGAGUGCCAGGGAUCAGGUUACUUGUCCUAUGUGCCGUUCUGCUUGGCAAGGUGACGAUGAUGUAGUCAAGAAGAUCAAGAAUACGGGUAUCGUCGGCCGCGAUGGCUAUGUGAAUAUUGCCGACCAGCUUGGCAUUAGCGACGAGAGAGACUACAGCUCGUAUUACCAUGGGCCACGCCGAGGUGUGCGCUAUGGAGAUUGGUGGUGAUGAGAUGCUUGUUUCAUCACCCAAUCGCUUAACACCCAGUUUGAUUGCAGCUAGCGUAUGUGGUAAAUAACGAUGGCUUCACGACAUGAUAAGUAAUGAGAUCGAAAAAGAUGUCAGCAUUGGAUCCGUCCGUAUCGAGACACUGGUUGCCUCUCGAACUCGACGCUUGCUUGAAGGCUGACCAGUGUGUUUAUGGUUUUGUGAUUAUGGGCAAGAACACAGUUGAAAGCAUGGCUUGUGUGGUUCUUAUUACACGAACUCCUUGCUACAGCUCUUGAACUUAUGAUCACUUAGCAUUUCUUAUGACAUAUCAUGCUUCUGCGAAGAAUUUAAAUAAGAUUUUGAAUAGAAAAUUAGAUUCCGUGGCUGACAAUGGCAUGUAGGAU